AACGGCUCAAAUCAAUUUACUAGAACCUUCCGAAAUAUCAUCACCCUUAUAUCUUCUCCAUUUUUCAGCCAAGAGAUUGUCUGAACUCGUGUUCUCCUCGUGCUCACCACUCACUCUCCAAUUUCUAGGGUUCUUCAUUCUACAUUUGAAUUUUUUUCAGACUUUGUAAAGCCAUGGGAAAGUGCUACCCCACUGUUAGCGAGGAUUACCAGAAGUCUAUCGAGAAGGCCAAGAGAAAGCUCAGAGGUUUAAUUGCAGAGAAGCAUUGUGCUCCUAUUAUGCUCCGUCUUGCAUGGCACUCUGCUGGUACUUUUGAUGUGCAGUCAAGGACUGGAGGACCCUUUGGUACAAUGAGGCACAAGGGAGAAUUGGCUCAUGGGGCUAACAACGGUCUUGAUAUUGCUGUUAGGUUGUUGGAGCCCAUCAAGGAACAGUUUCCCGAACUAUCUUAUGGCGACUUUUACCAAUUGGCUGGAGUUGUGGCUGUUGAAGUUACAGGAGGCCCUGAAGUUCCGUUCCACCCAGGAAGAGAGGACAAGCCAGAGCCACCCCAAGAAGGCCGUCUCCCUAAUGCCACAAAGGGUUCUGACCACUUGAGAGACGUCUUCAUUAAGCAAAUGGGUCUUAAUGACCAGGACAUUGUAGCUCUCUCUGGAGGCCACACCUUGGGAAGGUGCCACAAGGACCGUUCGGGUUUUGAGGGUCCUUGGACCUCUAACCCUCUGGUUUUCGACAACUCCUACUUUACGGAGCUUCUAACUGGUGAGAAGGAAGGUCUCCUACAGCUGCCAUCUGACAAGGCUCUUCUUUCCGACCCUGUCUUCCGCCCACUGGUUGAGAAAUAUGCAGCUGACGAGGAUGCAUUCUAUGCCGAUUAUGCUGAGGCCCACCUGAAACUGUCUGAACUUGGGUUUGCUGAUGCUUAAGCAGCUGGAGGAAUUACCAUAAUGUGAAGGUCCCAAGAGGCUAGCACUGCUGCAUCUUUUGGUUUUUUUUUGCACUUUAGAUAUGGUUUAGCGUAGUGCUUAGAUUGCCUUAGGGAAAGCUUGGCCACUCUAUUUGUCUCUUUUUGCUCUUUAAGUGUGGUAGAUUGAAAUGUGUACGAGGAAAUACAGUGCGUGGAUUGUUCAUGAUGUUGAUCUUGUUGCUUCGGUAAUAAAAGAUGUUCUACA